AUGGAUCUCCAUUUCUUUCUAAGUGGAGAAGUCCUGUAUAGGAGGACUCCAGACUUAGGUCUUCUGAGAUGUGUGGAUGUUGUUGAAGCUGUGAAGCUUAUUGAACAGAUACAUGCUGGAGUUUGUGGAACGCAUAUGAAUGGACUCAUUUUGGCAAUAAAGAUCCUACGAGCUGGAUAUUUCAGGAUGACUAUGGAGAAUGAUUGUUGCAAGUUUGUGCAGAAAUGUCAUAAGUGUCAGGUGCACGGUGAUUUGAUCCGAGUGCCACCUCACGCGCUUAAUGCUAUGAGUUCACCUUGGCCAUUUAUAGCUUGGUGCAUGGAUGUCAUCGGUCCGAUAGAGCCAGCCGCUUCUAAUAGACACAGAUUAAUUUUGGUUGUCAUUGAUUACUUCACCAAGUGGGUGGAAGCAGCUUCAUACAAGUCAGUAACCAAGAAAGUGGUGGCUGAUUUUGUUCGCAACAAUAUGAUAUGUAGAUUUUGGAUGCUAGAAUCUACCAUUACUGAUAAUGGGAAAAAUCUCAACAGUCACUUGAUGAGAGAGAUAUGUGAGCAAUUUAAAAUUACUCAUCGAAAUUCAACUGCUUAUCGUCCCCAAAUGAACGGAGCUGUAGAGGCCGCCAACACUAAUAUCUAA